AUGGCACCACCAACUCAAAAGCCGAAAGGCGGCGACUCGAAGCCAAAGAAGCCGAGUGCCAAAGCCAACCAGGCCGCAAAAGCCACCCUCAGAGGCGUCCACACCCAGAAAGCGCGAAAAAUCCGCACAUCAACCACAUUCCACAGACCCAAGACCCUCGUCCUCUCCCGGUCACCAAAGUACCCCCGCAAGUCUAUCCCCCAUGAGACCAGACUCGACCACCACAAGGUGCUCAUCCACCCCUUGAACACCGAGAGUGCGAUGAAAAAGAUUGAGGAGCACAACACGCUGGUCUUCAUUGUGGACGUCAAGGCCAACAAGCCCCAGAUCAAGGCCGCGUUGAAGAAGCUUUACGAUGUGGAAACCGUCAAGAUCAACACUUUGAUCAGACCGGAUGGCACGAAGAAGGCGUUCGCGAGGUUAACGACGGAUGUGGAUGCGCUGGAUAUUGCGGCUACGAAGCUGUCGAUCGUGUAG